GGGGGAAGGGGACGCAGAGAAAACGGUGAAGUCAGAGCGAGCUAGGGAAGAGAGAAAUUAGCUGGAGAAAUGGCGCUAGUGGUCCAGCCAUCUGAAGCAGGACAUCUUUUUAAGUAGUGGCUGUGCAGGGAAUGGACUGGGCUGAAGCCUAGGAACCCUGCUGCCAACAUCUGGGGGCAGGAUCAUGUCCGCUAACAAAGGCUGGUGGGUGCCGCCCGAAGGUGACGACAGCGUGUCUGAGAAGUUCCUGAGGAAGACCAGGGAGUCUCCACUGGUGCCUAUAGGCUUAGGAGGCUGCCUCGUGGUGGCAGCAUACAGGAUUUACCGGCUGAAGGCUCGCGGUUCCACCAAGAUGUCCAUACACCUGAUUCACACCCGAGUGGCAGCGCAGGCCUGUGCUGUGGGUGCCAUCAUGCUAGGUGCUGUGUACACAAUGUACAGAGACUAUUUCAAGAGAGCAACACAGGAUGCGGGGGAGAAGUAGGUUUCUACAGCCGAGGGCAGUCAGACCCUCUCACAGCAAUCCCUGGUAUGUUCCUAAUAAAGGAAUUUUGCAGACAAUUGACAGUCUCUUCUUCACCUGGGAUAGAAGAUGAAGGGAUUGGCAGUGGCUGGUGGGGGAGCUUAGAGCAAAGGGUUGGAGAUCAGAGUUGUGGCUCUGAACUUCAGGGCAACAGAAACUCUCAGCGGGGCAGAAAGAGAGGUGCAGUAGACCUCUGAUCCCAGAAACCCAACAAUUCCCAAGCCAGCUCAGGCCCACCUGGAAAAGCAUGGUAGA